CUACACUGCAGUAAAAGUCUUCAAAUAUUUGAAUACUUUUCCCCUCCUCUGCUGCUUGCAGUCAAGCGACAUGUGAACUCAGAGGAGGGGUGAAGACACACACAUUUAAUAAAGGGAGUGCAACACAAAGCUUCACUUUGUAGGAGGACAAACAUUGCAGCAGUAGCAGAGCGCUUCGUCUGAAAGUUAGUAAAAGUGUGUCAACAUGGCAGCGUACACUUUACCUGAGGGCUUCACGGACUUUGACAUGUUCUUGUUCGGCUCGGCGCUCUUUGUCGGCGGGGUACUCGGGUUCCUCCUCAACGCCGUCAGCGUAGCCUCUUUCCUGGGUGUCCGGGAGCUGAGGACCCCCAGCAACUUCCUGGUCUUCAACCUAGCCUUGGCCGACAUUAGCCUCAACGUGAACGGACUCACGGCCGCCUACGCCAGCUACCUCAGAUAUUGGCCUUUUGGCCAACAAGGCUGCGCCUAUCAUGGCUUUCAAGGCAUGAUAGCAGUCCUGGCGUCCAUCAGCUUCAUGGCGACCAUCGCUUGGGACCGAUAUCACCAGUACUGCACCAGGCAAAAGCUCUUCUGGAGCACUGCUAUGGUGAUGAGCGCCAUCAUCUGGAUCCUGUCCAUCUUCUGGGCCGCCGUGCCCCUCAUGGGCUGGGGGGUCUAUGACUUUGAACCCAUGAGGACCUGCUGCACCCUGGACUACACUAGAGGAGACAGGAACUUCAUCACCUUCAUGCUCACCCUGGUGCUGCUGUACCUGACCUUCCCCGCCCUCACCAUGCUGUCGUGCUACAACGCCAUCUACAAACACUUCAAGAAGGUCCAUCAGCACCGAUUCAACACCAGCUUGCCUCUGAGGGUCAUGUUGAUGUGCUGGGGCCCAUAUGUCCUCAUGUGCAUCUACGCCUGUUUCCAAAACGUCAAGGUCAUAUCUCCAAAGCUGAGGAUGGUUCUUCCCGUGGUGGCCAAGACUAACCCCAUCUUUAACGCACUGCUCUACUCCUUCGGAAACGAGUUCUACCGAGGCGGCGUGUGGCACUUCCUCACCGGACAGAAGCUAGCCAAUCCGGUUGUGAAGAAGUCCAAAUAGUCCAAAAGACUCAUCUUGUUUGGAGCUGCUCAGAUGUCUCCACAGUUGAUAUAAUACUCUCAAUGCAACUGAGGCAUGAUGAAACCGCCAGUAAUGACUGACUUUUAUUUAGCCAGGCAGUUUCUGAUGGACAAAUGUGUUGACAAAUAUUGCUUAAUUAGUGGGUGGAAUCAAUUUGCAAAAAUAAAGAAUUAAUAAGAGCACUUGCAAUUAAAUAAUCACAAUUAAUUGCAUUGUAAUUGAACAACAAUACUGGAUACAAUGAAUCAAUGAAUACAGUAUACUUGCAUUUCUCCAGUGUCUUUGUGAGAUGUGGGCUUACAUACUGUAUCUUGGCAUGACACAAUUUGCUAGAACCAUGUUCUCCGCUACGCUUCCAUCCGGUAGUUUUUGUUUUUUGUUAUAAACUUUAUUAGCCUAACUGGAGCGCUGACGUCACACAAUGCAUCUUGUACAUCGGCGUUAACAAGGUGGACCAGCGAAGUGUGUCCGUAUCGCUUCAAGUGCAGAAAUAGAAAAGUGCGAUGUUGUAGUAAACUUUUCAUUACGUUAGCAUGAAGCUGCUGGUUUCAUGAAGCAAAUAAACACGUUUUACUGCUCAA